AUGGACCCACUGAUGGCUCUCCUUUGCCUGUUGCCCCUGUAUCCAGGCUUGGCUGCAGCCACCCCCUCCUGCCCUCAGAAUGUGAAUAUCUCUGGCGGCACUUUCACCCUCAGCCAUGGCUGGGCCCCUGGGAGUGUCCUCACCUACUCCUGUCCCGUGGGCCGCUACCCAUUCCCAGCAUCGCGGCUGUGCAAGAGCAACGGACGGUGGCAGACCCUGAGAUCCACCCAGCUGACAAAGGCGGUCUGCAAACCUGUUCGCUGUCCGGGUCCUGUUUCCUUUGAGAAUGGCAUGUUCACCCCACGGCUCGGGUCUUACCCUGUGGGCGGCAACCUGAGCUUCGAGUGUGAGGACGGCUUCACACUGCGGGGAUCGCCUGUGCGCCAGUGUCGCCCCAACGGCAUGUGGGACGGGGAGACAGCCGUGUGUGACAACGGCGCUGGCUACUGUCCCAACCCGGGAAUCUCAGUGGGCUCUGUGAGGACAGGGUCCCGCUUUGGCCUUGGGGACAAAGUCACCUACCGCUGCUCCUCAAAUCUGGUGCUGACCGGGUCUGCGGAGCGGGAGUGCCAGAGCAAUGGGGUCUGGAGUGGGACAGAGCCCAUAUGCCGCCAGCCCUACUCUUAUGACUUUCCCGAGGAUGUGGCCCCUGCCCUGGGCGCCUCCUUGUCCCACCUACUUGGAGCCACCAAUCCUACCCAGAAGAAAAAGGAAAGCGUGGGUCGUAAAAUACAAAUCCAGCGCUCUGGUCACCUGAACCUCUACCUGCUCCUGGAUGCCUCUCAGAGUGUGACCGAAGACGAUUUCCACAUCUUCAAGGAGAGCGCCAUUCUCAUGGUGGACAGGAUCUUCAGCUUUGAGAUCAAUGUGAGUGUCGCCAUCAUCACCUUUGCAUCAAAGCCCAAAAUCAUCAUGUCUGUUCUGCACGACAAGUCGAGGGAUGCAACUGAAGUGAUCAACAGUCUGAACAAUGUCAACUAUAGAGACCAUGAAAAUGGAACCGGAACAAACACCUAUGCAGCUUUAGAUAGUGUCCAUAUCAUGAUGAAUAACCAGAUGCAACGCCUCGGAAUGAGCACGGCGGCCUGGCAGGAAAUCCGACAUGCUAUCAUCCUUCUGACAGAUGGAAAGUCUAAUAUGGGUGGCUCCCCCAAGCUGGCUGUUGACAGUAUCAAAGAGAUCUUGAACAUCAACCAGCAGAGGAAUGACUAUCUGGAUAUCUAUGCUAUUGGGGUGGGCAAGCUGGAUGUGGACUGGAGAGAACUGAAUGAACUGGGGUCCAAGAAGGAUGGUGAAAGACAUGCCUUCAUUCUGCAGGACACAAAUGCUCUGUACCAGGUCUUUGAGCACAUGCUGGAUGUCUCCCAGCUCACAGACACCAUCUGUGGGGUGGGGAACAUGUCAGCCAAUGCCUCUGCCCAGGAGCAGACACCCUGGCAUGUCACUAUUAAGCCUAAGAGCCAGGAAACUUGCCGGGGGGCCCUCAUCUCAGACCAAUGGGUCCUGACAGCUGCUCACUGCUUCCGCCAUGCUGAGAACAGCUCUCUGUGGAGGGUCACUGUGGGGGAUCCUAACUCCCGGUGGGGCAAAGACUUCAGUAUUGAGAAGGCUGUGAUCUCCUCGAGAUUUGAUGUAUUUGCCAAGAGGGAUCAGGGAAUCCUGGAGUUCUAUGGUGAUGACAUUGCCCUGUUGAAGCUGGCCCAGAAAGUGAAGAUGUCCACCCAUGCCAGACCCAUUUGCCUUCCCUGCACGGUGGAGGCAAAUCUGGCACUGCGGAGACACCCGGGCAGCACCUGCCGAGACCACGAAAGUGAACUUCUGAACAAACUGAGCAUUCCUGCUCACUUUGUGUCCUUGAGUGGGAGCAAACUGGACAUUAACCUCAAGACAGGGACAGAGUGGACAAGCUGCAUCCAGGUCGUCUCCCAAGACAAAACCACGUUCCCCCACUUGACAGAUGUCAGAGAGGUGGUGACAGACCAGUUCCUAUGCAGUGGGACCGAGAAGGAUGACAAUCCCUGCAAGGGAGAAUCUGGGGGAGCAGUUUUCCUUGAACGGAGAUACAGGUUUUUUCAGGUGGGCCUGGUGAGUUGGGGUCUCUACAACCCCUGUGGCAACAGCAAUAAAAACUCCCGCCAAAAGGCCCCCAAGGGCAAGAUCCCACCACCACGAGAUUUUCACAUCAAUCUCUUUCGCUUACAGCCCUGGCUGAGGCAGCAUCUGGAGGGUAUCUUGAACUUCUUGCCCCUUUAAUUGUGCUCACUGACCCCUCUGUUGUCUUGCCAGCAUCUGCCAGUCUCCCACUCUUGAACUUUUACCCUCAGACCCCAUGACCCAUCCAUGCUCCCAGCUCCCAGGACCCCGUGUAGCACAUCCAACCUGGGGAAUCCCCAGGGGCCCACCCUCUGCUGUACUUGGCUCACUCUCCUUUCACUUUCACAUGGAAUUUCCCAGUUUUGAAAUUAAUAAAAAUUGAUGAUUUCCUCA